AUGCAUAUCAAUAUAAGUGACAAUGCUAGUGAAUUUAUCCCAAUAAAGGAUGAAAGACAAUAUGUAGAAAAUACCCAAGAAGUGGGGGUCAUUAAAACCACAAUAAGACCAGAUACAGAAAAACAUGUACUGAAGAAAGAAGAGGAAAAUACUAUUUCUGAGGAAGAAGAUUUUAAAGAUUCCUUAGAGACCGUAAGUCUCAAAAAGAAGAGUGAAAGUGGUGGUGGUAAAUGUGGUAAUGCACGAAAUGAUAAUGGAAAUGAUCAAGUUGUUGAUGACAUGACUUUAGACAUCGUUCCAGUUCCAGAUUUGCAAAAUGUUGAUAAUUCGGAUGCUGAAAGCGUGGCUUCUUCUUCUACCAAUGUAUCAGUCUUAAAACAGCAAACAUUGACAUCUUGCUUAACAAAUAUAAAAUCAUUUGGAGAUACUGGUAUUAAGCGUGGUCAAAUAACCAAUGCAAUAGUCUUCAUGAUCGCAAAAGAUGGGUUGCCUUUAAAUACUGUGGAAAAAACAGGAUUUCGAUAUUUAAUGAAAGUAGUGGCACCACUUAAGUUCCAGCCAGAAAAACAA